AUGGCGAAGAACAAUAAAUCGGCCACUGGAGGUCCCAAAACCAGCCCUUCACCCACUCCCGAAACGCUAUUCAACACCUUGCAGACACUCCUAACCAGACUAGAAAAAAUUGAAGCUAUCAGCAACAACAUCAGCCCGACAACAGAAGCACCGCAAAACUCGAUGGAAUUAUUGUUUUCACGACUAGACGAUCUAGCCGAACGAUUAGAACGACUGGAAAGAACUCUAGAUUCCGAUUCAGUGCACCACCUAGAGAUACAAACUGAGACUCAAAUUUCACCUCAGAAACAAGGGAAGAAGUCGUACGCCUACAUUAACCGCUUUAAGAAAGGCCACACAAUCAUUCGAACUCGGCCGGGAGCAGUCAAACCUUUUUUGAACUUAUCUCCGAUGCAAAUUGUUACCAAUGUCAACCAAGCCCUUAGUUCUAUCGAUGCCAGAAUUGAUAAUACUCCAGUCCAAGUCCAAGCCGUUACACGAUUUCCCUCGGGUGACGUUAAGUUUAUUACAAAGAACCGAACAAUUGCGAGAUGGCUAUUAGAACACAAGCACACCUGGACGCAUCUAGCGGAUCCAAAUUUCACAACACCAAGGGCUACUUUUACCGUGAUGAUUCAUUCUGUCCCAACAGAGUUCGAUACCGAGAACAACAAUCACUUAGCAACGCUCUGCACUCAGAACGAUAUCCCAUGCGACAUGAUAGAAAAAACUAGAUGGCUAGGUCAACCUCAAAAGAACGGCAAGAAACACGGCACACUGUUAAUAAAUGUAAAGGACAAACAACUUGCCAGAGACAUCGAACAUGGUUGUUUAAUCAUCGACGGUAUUCCGCUCAAGGCAUCCAAAUACACCCCCGGCCCUCCUCAAUGUUUCAAUUGCCUAGAAUUCGGACAUCCAGCUUACUUCUGCAAGACACCCCCACUUUGUGCCAGAUGCGGAGUUUGA